AUGUUGAUUGACGGCGAGAAAUGGGCGUGCGAUGCUUGUAUUCGAGGACAUCGUGUUAGCACCUGCAACCACUCAGAUCGUCCCCUAAGCCAUAUCAACAAGAAAGGGCGGCCGGUAUCUCAAUGCCCACAUUGCCGUGGGCUACGAAAGGCCCGGACAUGCCACGCCAAGUGCGAGUGCGGCGAGAAACCACAUAGCAAGUCAGAGUGUCCACUGAAUGGAUCUACUGACGGCCAGAAAACGGCUGGGGCCCGAAAACACUGCUGCUGCGGACACGGAGGUCGCUGUGCCUGUGCGUCCAAGCGGGACUCGAACCUCGAAACCGUGCCAGAGACAGGGCCCGUUGCGGCAAGGAGGUCUACGGUGUCUGGCGUCAAGAGGCCGCAUAUCACAACCUCCAAGAAGCAGAAAGACGCCAGCAAGAGGGCACAUCCGUACCCUCUCCCUCGUUCCCGCACCAUCCAUGGAACUGCUGAGCUGGCCCAUCUCUCGAUGGAACACCUGAAUGAGGGAUACGGCUCGCAGAGUGUCUCGUCGUACCAGGACCUGGUUACCAGCGCUCCUCGCCCGGUACGGAGAGUCAAAUCCGAAAACGGCUCGCCGGUCACGGAGAUGUCAGAUAUGAAGGCACAGCUCUCCCUCGACAUCCCUUAUCAGCAUUUCCCCGAUCAGGCCGGCCUCGCCAUGCCCUUCCUAGAUUACCCUCAGCAGUCACCUGGUCUAUACUAUCCCUCUGAUAUCGAAUUUGGCUUCGAAGCGGCGAUCUCAAAUGGACCGUCUAUAGACUGGUCCACUUUUGAUCUACCCUACGGAUCGGGUGCCUACACUGCCACGUACAGUCAGCCCGCAUCCUAUGCAAGCUACGACUACAACACCUUCGGCCACUCUGGCCUGGCCCGUUCGUCAUCUGGGGAUACCUCUGAUGCUGAUGACUUGUUGCCCGUCGUCGGCACCGGUUCCGAGGCCGGCAUGUACCACCUGGGGAGCACCCCUCCCUCUCAUCUUGACCUACCUUCCCAGUUCCCCAUGUCGCAAACCUACGAACCCGCUGCCGUGGAAUCAGUCCUUCACACAAGCGAGAGCGUCAACAACGCCCAGGCUUGUGCUUCUUCUGCACCGGAGGCCCCGCUUCCAGCCGAGCUAAGUCACUACCACCAGACUCGGACCUAUCCUGCCAGCGGAAACCACAGCUUUGUCGACACCAACAACACCAUGAUCAUGUCGCCCGCUACUUAUACUUCCGCCGGGACGAACGAGCCACUCUGGGUCUCGACCUCGUACCCUGCCAUGAUGUCUCCCAUACCCGUCCCCGAGCAAUCUCAGUCCCUGGCCCCGGACAUGUGGACACAAUGA